AUGUGUUUGUCGGCAUUGCCACAUACUGGCUUUCCUGGCCUUGACGGUAUUGCCAAUAUUAAAGCUGUUAAGAAAGCUCAGGAGCUGGCAGCUGAGUUGGGAUACCGUCAGGAUCCGGAGUUUCCUACCAACUCUCAACUACACACCGAAACCUUCGCUCGAUCUGAAUCUUCUUCAAGAUUUUAUCCUCCAGAGGGUUUGGGAACGAGUUCAUGGAUGUUGAAGAAAGGAAUGUUUCAUCUGGUUAUGCUAAACCUCCAUGGAUAUUCAAAGGAAGGCAAUGCGUUGUACCAGAUUCAUCUUGUGAAGUCUUCCACUGCUCGAGCAUUCAUCCCCAAAGAGUUUCGGCUAGUUGAAGCUUUUGGAUACACUCUUGGAGGGUUUUUCCUUGCUAGCUAUGAUGAUAGUCCUGCAGGUGUCUUCGAUGAGCUUGUCAUGAUUGCAGGGAUUGUAUGGAACCCUCCUACAUCUUGCGCAUGGGCUGCGAGGGUGCUUGUGAACAGCAACGAGGCUUGUCAUCACGGACGCAAGAAAAUCACUGCAGUUCCAAAGAGACAAAGGGAAAGAGCUUUUGGUUUCUUGGACACAUUUGGGUUGGGAACUACUCUGUCUCACCCUCAGGAUUUGAUGGAGGUUAAAGUUAGUGAAGUUGAUAAUAGUGCUGCUUCUGCAAAUAUCUGCAACAUCCAAAUUAGAUCAGAUGAAUCAGAGACCAAACUUGGAAAAUGGAUGGGACCAACAAUUAGAAUGUCGCUUCCGAGUUUUAGUGGUAAUACAAAAUAUAACCCAAACCUGCUCAAGUACUCUUGCCACAUCCACUGCAGGUAAUGCUUCUGCUUCUACUUCUACUUAUGUCAAUGUCUUGAUAGUAUAGUGGACAACGUUUAUUACAAGGAAUCUCUAUUGAAAAUUGUUUCAGGGUGAGGCCUGUGAGUCCUGCGGUAGUAUCAAAUCCUUUGGAAGAUGAGGGAGAUAGGAAUCACACAUCACAAGAGUCGCUUGAAAAUGAAAGGCUGCGGUUAAGUGUAGCAGUGAUGCUAUCAAAACCAAUCAUAGCUCUUCAGUUUAAAGACUUAACAAUGCAAGUAGAGGCUCCUGUUGUAGUUCACCCUUCAAUAUAAACACAACACGCCAAUUCCAAGUACAUACACUUCCUUUCCUACCAAGGUUUCACAUCUUUUACAAAGGAAAACAAAUCUUUCCACUUUCUUUUUCCAACUGAUCGAAUAAGCCAUUCUUAGUGAUAAACCUUUUGCCAAAAUUUGUUAUUCUAUACUACAUAAGCAAUAGUCCAAAAAGUUUGUUUCUAUCAUGAAUACAUUCAAAUUCAAUUUAGA